AUGUCAGCGGAACCCAAUUUAAGGCUGAGAAGGCUGACUAAGGCUUACUUGUCGGCCAUCAGCCACUCCAAUUAUGAUGCCGCCUCAAACAGUAGGACUGCCAGGGUUGAUAGAAUAUAUUCUUUGCGUAAGUUGAUUAUAAAAAAGUGUUUUAUCGUUUUAGUUGAAAAAAUAAUUGUGGAAAAUCAAAGUUGCACUUCUGGUCUUUUCCCGAGGUUCUCCAAUGAUAAGAGCAUUGGCUAUGUCAAGGAUAGCAUUUAUUGUGCAAUUGCUUGUUGGACAUGCUCCAUGGCGUAUCAAAGACUCGACGAUGAUCGAGGAAGACAAACGGAAUUGAAACAGACUGCGGUUAAAACGAUGAGGGGAAUAUUAUUCUGUUGGAUGCAACAAACGGGCAAGGUACACUUAGCAGUGAAUAAUUUAAUAUAUUUUAGCUAAAUGCUUUCAAAAGUCACAAUUCCUCUGAGUUUUCACUCCAUGCUCGAUUUGAUCUUCAGACAGGACUUGAGGUUCAUGGAAGUUACAAUCAUCUCCAAAUGGAUCUGGUCGCUCUUUACAUCUUGACUCUGGUUCAGUUUACAAUGGGCGGAACUCAAGUUAUCUUCACGAUGGAUGAAGUUGCCUUUCUUCAGAAUCUUGUAUUUUAUUUGGAAAGAACUUAUCGCACGCCUGAUUUUGGAAUGUGGGAGAGAGGGAGCCGUUAUAACAAUGGGAAAACCGAAUUGCAUGCGAGUGGCCUAGGAAUGGUGAAGGUAGACCUUUUUAAUUUGCUCAAUUUUUUGUUUAGGCUGCAUUGGAAGCCAUUAAUGGUCUGAAUGUUUUUGGAAACCGAGGAACAUCAGGAUCUGUAAUAUACGUUGAUAUCGAUGGACAUAACAGGAAUAGGACAACAUUUGAGACAAUACUUCCAAGAGAAUCAAAUUCCAAAGUAUAAAUAUUUUUUUAGUUCUUUGUUGAAUUUUAGAAUACGGAUGCAGCGUUGUUGAUUGCUGUUGGUUGGCCCGCCUUUGCGACUCACGAUGAGAAAUUGUUUGACACAACUUUUAACAAGUGUGUUAAACAUCUUGAAGGAAGAUAUGGCCUUAAAAGAUUCCUAAGAGAUGGAUAUAGAACUGAAUGUGAAGAUACGACCAAGAAACAUUACACCGAAGAAGAGACAUACAACUUUAGAGGGAUCGAGUCCCAAUUUCCCAUGUUUUUACUUUACAUUGUACUCACAGGUAUGUUUUGUUUAUUAUAAUAUUUGUAAUUUUGGUUCAGCGCAUUUCAAAGGCAAUGAUGUCAUGGCUGACAGAUAUUGGGAGAAAUUGAAUGGUUUGUUGGUUAGUUAUGAAUAUGGUAAGUCUUCACUGUAGUUCUGAAAAAAUUUAGGUGGACCGUUAAUUGUCCCUGAAUGUUACUGCUUGGAAGAGGAUCACAUUGAAGAAGAAAGGGAAACUCCAAACUCCCAAGAUUUCUAUGCAGUUAAUCCUUCCGAAUUUGGGAUACAUCUCUGGUCGAAUGCUCUUUAUGUGAUUGCCUUAUUAGUCCGUAUGUUGACUAUUUAUCUCAAUAGGGCACUUGUUACAGGCGAUAAACUUGUCCAUCUAAGCGAUCUGGAUCCUGUGUACCGUCAUCUCCCGGCGAGUUUACGACCAAAGGCAGUUAACCGUCAUUCUGCAUUUGAGGUAACGAAUGGCCCGGGCCAAUCUAUGUCCUUAGUUCUAAUCAAUUAAUCACUAUACUAACUAUUAUUUUUUAGAGGGAAGACGACAACUUGUCACAGAGUUUGGGCGGAGUUUGCUCAUGGUUUCGUAGUAUUGUUAGUGCCUAGUUUAGUGUCGUUCUUUGUCUAUCCGCACAUAUUAACAUGUUAUAUUUCUGUUAACACGCACUUUUUAGGGAAGAAUGGAGGGAGAUCCUGUUGUCCAGAUAGCCCUAAUCUCAGAAUCAUGCCAACUCCAGAUGAUGCUGGCCACCUAUGGAGUCCUUAGCCAGACUCCUCAUGAAGUUGAACCAGUUCAGAUCUGGCCAAGUUGGAGGAUGGUCAAAGUAUUUUGAUAUUGUGUUGUAUACCAUUGUUUAGGUGUUCAAUCAUCUUGGAGAGAAUCAUCGACUGGGACUUGGAGGACGACCAUCGAGACCAUUGGGUCCUUUGAAUACGUCCAAGAUUUACAGAAUUGGAGGGGACACUGUAAUAUGUUAUCCAUUAACAUUUGAACUCUCUGAUUUCUAUGGAAAUGCUGAUCCAUCAACUUUAAUCGAAGAUGUCAAAGUAAUUUUUUUUAGUAGUGAAGAAAUUAGAAUUUUGAAAAGUGACCUGAAUCACGGUUGAGCCCGAACUGCAAUCAGUUCGCAAACUGUCCUAAAAUCCGAACUCUCCCUUUUUGAACUCUCCAACUCUUUGAACACUCCCCCUUGAAUGAACACUCCCCCUCUUUUUGAGAAUUGAAAAAAUAUGGAUGUUACACUACAAAAAUUUUUUGCAAAUUGAAAAAAAUAAGGUGGCAUUACCCAAAAGUAAUCUUUAGUAGGAGCAGGCUGUCCCAUUUUUUUGUUGUCUAGAUUGCCAGUUUUCUGUUCGGAUAGCCCAGCAAUUUUGUGAUGUUUGUUGUACCAUGGAUAAUGUAAACGUCUUGGGGUCAAAGCCGGAAAGAGUCUGAUCUCAGGCUGUUUCCGCAUACAAAAGCAAGUGCUUGGAGAAAGUGGAUGGACCUAGAGACGCCUUCGACGAAAUGAAAGUGAAUCAGGAAACUUUUUCAAAAUCUCAGAACCAUUCUUAUUCACUUAUUUUUGUUCCCGUCUUUCAGAGGGACAUUGAGUUUAUUGCGAAAAGAUGGAAACUCUCAGGUCAUCCGACGUUUUGUAUGGUACUCCGAGAGGAGAAUAUCGUUGGGGAAUACUUCGAAAAGAUGCUCGACUUGUUGGUAAGCAUGAAGAAUGGGUUUGUCAAUGGAAUCAGAGUCCGGAUUGGAAGGAUCCAUGUAGGUGAUUAAGCAUAGAUGACGUCUCCUUCAGCAACUCCUUAACACUGGUUGUAUCGAACAUCUCGAUUUUGUCAAAUUGGAUGACAUUGAGUUUGACGUGGAUAUUUUCCAAGAGAUCGACAUGAAGACGGCCCAUAUGAAGUCCAAGACAAGCAUGAAGACAUUGCCUUUGGAGAGUCAAUCUAUUCUCUCAGAAGUAAGUUCUAAUGCUGAUUUUCACAAUUUUAUUUCCAGUGUGUUUAUCAAGCCAUGGAUGAUCACGAAUUGUUCUCGAUAAUUGCUCGUGAAGACGUCAUCGAUAAUCUCAGAGAGAUUGCCAUCGCCUUGGCAGUUAUGAUUAAACGAUAUUCGGGGUCUUUUGUUGUCCAUGGGGGUAGGAAUGAGAGAUUACGUCUAACAUUUUGCAGAAACUUUGACUGUCCGGUUGGAGAAGGUCUACCGAAUUGCUUGUCAGAUCCGAUCCUGGGGUCUGGUCCGUUACUGUGCAGCCCAUCUGAAGAAAACGGUCACUUCUCUCGCUCCAAGUAUAACAACCCUACUGGUAAGGGGGAAGCAAGUAAUCGUGGGAAUGAAAUCUGGAGUCGAGAUAAACAUCAGCAGUCCCCAAACUCCUAGCGAGAUUGUCAGCGCCGUUUAUUCCGGAUGUCAUUAUGAUCAGGAUGUUUCUGCUGCUGUUUUCCAACAAGAAUUGAUCAUAGCUUGUGCUGACUUGGUAGGUUAUGAGCCACUAACAAGGGAUCAGCAAACCCGCGUAUCUUGUUUUUUUUUUGAGACAUACACCAUUUGAAAGAGCGUAAAAAACUGGUCUAGGAUCACAUUUUAUUAGCUGCUAUUUCUGUUCUACGCCUUGGAUAGCGAGCACUCUUUAGUUCUAGGCUUAUCUCACCCUUUUUCUAAGGAAACAAAUCCGAACGGUUUCCAAAGUACAGCGUAGUAGUGCUUCGGUGGCCUAGUGGGGUAAGGCGCUGCACGAGGCGAACCUGCGGACCAGGUUCGAAACCCCUUCUGAUUUUCUUUUGAUUUUUUCAUUAUUGACAUAUGAAAAGUAAUUCUUCAAUCUCUUUAGCCUCUCAGAAGCAAAGAGUCGUGAAAUCCAACUGGGAAUUAAAAAAAAAUGCUUGCUAGCUAGGGCGUAGAGCAAAAAUAGCAGCUAAUAAAAGGUAAUCUAGACCAGUUUUUAAGCUCUUUCAAAUGGUGUAUGUCUCAAGAAAAAACCAGGAUGCGCGGUUUUGCCGAUCCCUUGUAAGGAUGAGCUUUAGAUUGUGCAUCAUCCACAUGCAUUUGAUGGGGUGCUGACAAUCAGGUUGGAAUGGCUGACUAAUGCUUUGCAACUUCUUCUACAUUACGUCAAGGAAUUGGGACUCAAACCUUCAGAUGUAAUACAUUUUUUGAACUGUAGUUGUCCGAUGAAUGUGAUCAAACAAUUGAGUAAGUACCGACAUAACACUAACAGUAAUUGUCAGGUAAAAUGAAUGGACUUGCUGUCUAUGACCUGCCUCCAACGAUGGUAAAGGAUCUCCUGACUAUGCUGAUGACAAGAACCAAUUGGCAUCUCUUGUAAGUCACCCUGAUAUUAAUGUUGAACGUCGGAAUAGACGGAAAACUCAUGUGAGGCAUCUGAAUGGAGCUGUGAACAGAGUCCCCACCAAUCUAUACGACCGAAUCUUCAAGAUGCUGGAGCGAGUAAGGGGUGGAAUUACCAUCGCUGGCCAUCUUCUCCCUCAGAAUCCGACUCUCCAAAUUAUGACUCAACAUGAACUGACCUUUGCUUAUCACAUGGAGGCCAUGAUGAGUGAUAUCCCGACUCCAGAACAGCGCCAAUUGGUGGUGGAAUUAUUGUCGAUUGUAGCCACAAUGAUGGAACGAAACCCAGAAGUCAAUUUCCCGGAUUCUCUCAAUUGUGAUGCAGUGAGUGGUGAUAAUUAAUCUAUUAUAUAUACUUUGGGCCGAAAUUGGGCAGCUAAUUUUUACGUAUCCUUAAACAGUAUGGUUUGACGUGUUAUUUUUUGAGAUAUGCCCCGUUAAAAAGUAGGAGAUAAAAGUAUUUUCCCUGUUAGGAAAAUCGGCGGAGUCCCCGCGGAGAAACCCAAGAAAAGAAAACGGAAGCUUUGAGUUUGUGUAAUGUUAGUUCACUGAUUUUCAGCUGAUCGAACGGGCCUUCCAAAUAUUUUGUCAACAAUGCCAAUUGUCCCCGAAAACUUCCUUUGAUGCAUUUUAUAACGCCGAACAAAACGCGGAGCCGUCAACUUUCAUCCUUCAGGUAUAGUAAAGUAAAAUGUUUACACAAAAACGACAAUUUCUCAUUUAUAGGCAGUUGUGGAGAAAUUACUGUCCAAAUGCCAUAACAUCGCUCGCAGGGGAUCGCUAUCCAACUCGAGCGAUGUCCUAGACGAUUUUGUAUUCAAAAGAAAGCACUCGGAUGACAUGUGCCCCAUCAGUUAG